AUGGAAAGCUCAAAAAUAUGCAUUCCGUACUUGAAACAGUCCAGUAACCCGCACAUCCUGACACUGAGCCCACCAUUAAACAUGCUGCCCAAAUGGUUCUCCAACCACUUGGCCUAUAGCAUGUCGAAAUAUGCAAUGUCCAUGACUGUUCUCGGGUUGGCCAAAGAGCUUCAGCCGUUGGGAAUAGCGGUAAAUGCCUUGUGGCCACGCACAGCUAUCUACACAGCCGCUACCAAGAUGAUUGGAGGUGGGGAGAAGUUUGCCGAACUUUGUCGCCGUCCGGAAAUUAUGGCAGACGCUGCCUAUGCAAUUUUGACUCUCUCAGCGAAAGAAGUGAAACAUACCGGAAACUUUUACGUGGAUGACGAAGUACUUCGCGAGCAUGGUGUGACGGACUUUGAGCAAUAUGCUGUUAAACCAGUACCAGAGGAAUUAGAAAUGGAAGGAAAGUUGGAAGGGCAGAAAUUACGUGAAACCGCUUUAUCAAGGGGCCAGAAUGUUCGGUUACCGGUGACGGAAGAAGUCUAG